CUCAAAUGAUGGCUCUAGAAAAGUACAAGGAAUAAAUCUUUAAAAACAAUGUGAGUCGCUUUAUGGAUGAGUUGAUUGAGAAGAACAUCUAGAGUAAUCUAGUAGAAAUCCUAUUGAAAUGCUAACUUUCAAGUAUGCCUGUGACCAUUCCUGUAAGACACAAUUCUAUCUAAUAUAUUGCAUGUAUAUUCGAUAUGGACUCUUGGUUGGAAUAUUACUAAACUACCAACAGAGAUGGACAGUAACACUAUUAUAAUUAUAAUCAAGUGGAUUCUCGUGUCCUGGUUGCAAAGUGUUUCACUUAUACGAUGAUUACGGAAUUGACUUUAAACUCUAUCACGCAUUAGAAUCAUUUAAACUCUUAUAAAAGAAGUUACCUGGAGUAAAGUUUGAUAAAGACAAAUUAUUCUAAUCUACUUAACCAACCAAUCCAGGCUAUUUUGCAUAAAAUAAGGUGCCUAAGAACCAGACAGCUACGACUAUUAAAUAUUAGCUGCCUGGAAUCACACCCAUUCUUGGGAUUCAAAGAAAGCUCGAAGAAACCAACUCAUUGAAUCCAACCUAAAAGAUUAUCUCUGACGAAAUGUCCUAUACAAGUGUUAAGCUACAACAAUAUACUAAUAAUAAAAUCUACAAACAAGCCAAACAAAAUAACUUGAUGGUUCAAGAUUUGUAAUAGAAGGUUAAGCAAAGAGCGCAAGAUUUAUAAAAAGUCUUUAGAAAUGCCAUGAAAUUGAUAAAUCUGACCAAAAAUAAUUUGUCCAAUGACUUUAUCUUUGCUCUCAAGAGAAGAUAAAGGCAGGAAAUUAACGAAUCCAUUGUAAUUAUUCUAGUAUUCAAGGUAGCUUAUCGUCUACUUCGUAAAUUACGGAGUGUGGCAUGAGUUUCCACUUAUCCUGAAAGGAAAACCCUAUUUGUAGAAGGAAUAGGCGUUGUAUAUUAAGGGAGAGGCCAAUAAUCAAAAGUUUAUAUAUAUCAUUGCAGGAAAAACUGAAGACAGAUUUGUGCAAAGCAAUUAAGUGGUCAGAGUUACAUUUUCUAAUGAUCCUUUUUAAGAUGGGAAAUCUGCUGUUAUGGAAGAAUUGCCCCCUCUACCUUAGGAAGGGUACAAUUUCAUGGGAACUCAUUAUAAUAAGUAAUCAAUAAGCAGUAUUAUUUUAGCAAUAUUUAUGUGUUUUAUGGUUAGGGACUUAAAAAAACAAAAGAUCAAUAAAUUUUGGAUGAAUUGUAUAACAAAGCCUAUGUCAUGAGGUAACAUAAAUAAUGGUAAGUGCUGAUGUCCAAUUUAAUCCCAAGAUUUGGUGGUAGUUUCUUUGUUACAUCUCAUCCAUAAUUCUCAAAAUUAUUGAUCAUUUUUGGAGGAAUUCAACACGAUCCUGAUGGUUUGGUGGCUUAUCGAUGUACAUAAUAAAAUCAAGGCUAAAUCUUUCAAUGCAAAGAUGAAACCUUUAUAGGAAGUGGAUGUUUUUAAGUUCGCUUUUCAGUUAGACCGGAUGAUGAAUAUCAAAAGAAUGUUUUGAGUUCUCCAGUCUUUUCUGCUCCUUAUUAUGGUUACAAUCAAUUAAUCUUAUCUGGCGAAUUUUUGAAAUAUUAAUACAUUAUGAAAAGGGAGAUUUAUACUUUUGAUUGGGAAAAUGGAGAUUUUAUAAAGAAUGAUAUCUUCUCUUUAGAACCACCAGAAUAAUUUUUAAUUCCUACUAGAAAGGAUAAUGGUUCUGAAGUAUUCACACCAGUCCAAGACAUGGAAGGAGCUGUCAGUUUUGGAAAUUUAUACAUAAUUCAUUAAUAUCCUGUUAAUCCAGGCAAUAAAAUUGUAUUACAAUUAUUGAGAAUCAAUUUAACAAAUGGAUAAUGUAAACAAUUAUUUCAAUAUUUAGUUUUUCCCACUAAUUACCAAGAUCACCAAUCAUCUUUAGAACUAGCAAUCAUAAGAAGAAAUUAGUUGGCAUAAUCAUGA